UGCACAUAUAUCAUAAAGAAGAAGACAAAAAAAAGACAAACAAUAAUUGAAACUAAUUUGCAACAGCUGGUUACCGCGCACUAUGAAAUAUAAUAUGAAUAGAGAGACGCUGUAUUGCAAUAAGCCAUCUUCAUCAUAGGCACUGUUUUCCUUUCCCUUCCAUUCCAAAAAAAAAUGACACUCAAACUCUCACUAUACUUUCAUCACACUCCUCUCCUCAACUUGUCAUCAUCAUCAUCACCACCUCUCCGUUUCCACUCCCCUAACUCUUCAAACUUGUUCCUUGUGGCUUCUUCCAACCGCCGUCGCAUUGGAGUUUUAACGGCUCGCGUGAUUAGAAGUCAAGAACAAAAAUGUGAAUCCGAGGAUGAAGACGAACUAGCUGAGAAGAGUGUGUGCAAUCAAAUGAAGGAAAUUGUUAAGUUUACUGGACCAGCUAUAGGGUUAUGGCUAUGUGAUCCACUCAUGAGUCUGAUUGAUACUGCUGUUGUUGGUCAGGGAAGCUCAACUGAACUUGCUGCUUUAGGUCCUGCGACGGUUGUUUGUGAUUACAUGAGUUUAACGUUCAUGUUUCUGUCUGUUGUUACAUCCAAUAUAAUUGCUACUUCCCUUGCUAAACAGGAUAGAGAGGAUGUGCAGCAUCACUUGUCUAUCUUGCUUUUUGUUGGCUUUGCAUGUGGCUUGAUAAUGCUAUUGUCUACAAAGUUAUUGGGUGCCGCAACACUUUCAGCUUUUACUGGCCCAAAGAAUGCACAUUUAGUACCUGCAGCUAAUACUUAUGUGCAGAUUCGAGCCUUGUCGUGGCCUGCUUUACUUGUUGGAUGGGUUGCUCAGAGUGCAAGCCUUGGUAUGAAAGAUUCAUGGGGACCCUUGAAGGCUUUGGCUGUUGCAAGUGUUAUAAGUGGAAUUGGUGAUAUAGUUUUGUGCACCUAUUUAGGCUAUGGAAUUGCAGGGGCUGCAUGGUCUACAAUGGCAUCACAAGUUGUUGCUUCAUAUAUGAUGAUUCAAGAACUAAACAGAAGGGGAUACAACGCGUUCGCCUUCACUAUUCCAUCAACGAAGGAGCUUCUGAAAAUACUUAGUCUUGCUGCUCCUGUAUACUUGACAUCAAUAUCAAAGGUGGCUUUCUUUUCGCUACUAAUAUAUGUUGCUACAUCAACGGGUACACAAACAAUGGCCGCUCAUCAGGUCAUGAUUCAAAUCUACAUGGCGUGUACAGUAUGGGGAGAACCUCUCUGCCAAACUGCCCAAUCGUUUAUGCCUGAGUUAUUGUAUGGAGUAAAUAAGAGCCUGACAAAGGCCCGAUUUCUACUAAGGUCUCUUGUAAUCAUUGGAGCUAUACUUGGAUUAUUGUUAGGGAUUGUCGGAACAUCUCUUCUUUGGUUAUUACCAAACAUAUUUACAUCUGAUCAGAUGGUCAUCCAGAACAUGCAUAGGACAUUGAUUCCAUUCUUUAUUGCACUAGCGGUGACGCCCUCUACUCGCAGCCUGGAGGGAACAUUGCUGGCAGGACAGGAUCUAAGAUUUUUUAGCUUGUCAACAUGUGGAUGCUUUUGUCUGGCUGCUCUAGUAUUAUUGAUUUCCAGGAGAUAUGGUUUGGUAGGAUGCUGGUUUACCCUUGCUGGAUUUCAAUGGGCUCGAUUUUCGGUAGCCCUUCUGCGCGUUAUCUCUCCAAAUGGCAUGUUAUACUCGGAAGAGGCGGGUGUAAGCCAAAAGAUGAGAAGUGCUUAGCUUCAAGGAAAAGUUGGUUAUGAAUGCAUGUUCCUGUAAACUUGGGAAUUUGAUUCUGUGCAUGAUGUGGAAGUAUGUGGUGUAGUGCUGCAGUUAUCCAAUAAUGAAGUUUAAUGGGAUUGUCUGGAAAUUUUCACUCUCUUCUUAUCUUCCAAUGUGGGUGUAAUUUGAUCUCUACUCAUUGCAAUAUAAUUUGAGUGUUAUAUGGCAAUUUGUGAGUAAAUUAUGCAGAGGAUACUUUGUUUCUUGAACUAGAGUUUGAUAAUAUUAAGUUUCUCCUUUGGUAGGUGUAUAGUAUCUUUCGUUUGUGAAAUGUUCAAUAUUUUUUGUUUUGGCAUGUUGAAUAA